AUGAGGCUGACAAUGGAAGAGAGUCGCACCAAUAAUCAGCGGUUUAACCAGAAUGGCUGUGACAAAAAAUUUAACAAGGUUGUCUUAAGGACACAUAUGGAGAAGGAGAAUCAGGCCCUGUCUGAAAUUAAACGAAGACAGCAAAAACUGGCUGAGGAGGAAAACCGUAAGUGUGAAGAGAUGAUGCAGUCUAGGCACAGAGAAGCUCUGAGGAAGGAUCAGGAGAAGAUCAAUCAGAGAAUGCUUAAAGCCCGUGCUUUGGCACAAUAUCAAGCCAAGCAAAUGAAGGAGAGGGAACUGCUGAAAGAAAAGGAGAGACUGCAGGACAAGAAAGACAGGGAAAUGCUCUACAACCUCGAUGAGCAACAUGCACAGGAGCUAAGACGUGAGGCAGAGAAAAAAGCUCUGUCAAAGAAAAUUAACUUAAGAAACCAACUGGAGGAUAUCAACAGAAUAAAUCUCACCAGAGAGGAGCAGGAACAUAGACUGAACAUGGAGGUGCAGAACGCCAAACGUGGUCAGCUGCAAAACGAUGAACUGCUCCUGAAACGAAAAGCUGAGCAAACCGAGAAGUUCAGGAAGCUCCAGACACCAAAACAGAUUGUUUGGGACCAACUGGCAGCCAGAAAGAGGGAGCAGGCCGGCACCAGAGCUCUGAGGGAGGAGCAAAGAUUCACCAAGGAAAAGGCAAAGAUAGAGGCUGAACUGGUAAAGCAGCAGAGGGAAAAGGCGAAGAACAAUGCUGCAGUGGUUCAGUCUAUCGCUGCCCACAGACAGAAAAAGACAUACGAGAACGAGCAGAAGGCAAAGGCAGAGCAGCAGGGCAACGUGGACUGGCUUCAGGCUCAGAAAGAAGCUGACAGGUUGUUCCUGACAAAUGAAAAACUAAAGGCACAGAAGACCAGAGAAGACCGGAUGAAAAUUCGCGACUUCAAUUUGGCCCAGGCAGCUGAAAAGCGUGCUCGUCUUGAGCAGCAGAGAAAGGAGGACCAUGACACUGCAGUGAGGAAUGCAGAACAGGCUGAGAAGGAGAUGUACCUUCGCCAGUAUGUUCAGCAUGAACUUCACGAGGCAGCAGAGAAUCUACUGUGUCAGGAACGCAAGCGCCUGACAAUCAAGUACAACGAGACCAGUAACAUCGACCUUAAACCCGGCUGCCUCCCGUCCAUUUCAAAAGCAGCUAAAACCACCGUAGCUGCAAAGGAUUCAACCAGAGGUGGGUCUGGUCUUAGAGUGGGUUCUGGAGAAUCCAGAAUGACCAACCUGAGCCGCCGCUCCUCUGUAACUUCCAUCUGUAACCUCAACCAGGACUUUGUGCUGCCUUCCAAACCCUGCCUCCCACCCAUCCGAAAAGCUGUCAAGCAGAGUGAGGGAUCUGCCCCUAGACAUUUGCACUACAGUAUCCUGCUGACUUGCUUGCUUGCUCACACUGCCAUAGAAACAGGGUUCCUGAGUGCAGUGGAGGCUCAUUCUGUUCAGGAGCAAGCAAGGGAGAGGAUCGGGAGGAGAGAGUGUGAAAGGGGGGGGGAGAAAAAGAGACACAGAGAGGAAAAAGAGAAACAGAGGGAGGGGAGAAGUGAGAGGGAGAGGGAGAGAGUGAGAGGAAAAGUGAGAGAGACUGUCACUGACGCUACUUUUGGCCUCCUGCUUGGUGUGUUUGUGGUCUGUGGCCUGGCUCUGCUGGGCCUUCUUACAUUCGUCUCCUGGAAGCUGUGCUGGCGGACUAAGGCCCAGUUCCCCAGUCCAACCAUCAGCCCCGCCUGUGGCCCCGAGCACUGCCCGCUCCAGCCGCCUCUCCCGCUGCCCAGUCCCCAGCAGCACCAGCCACCGGUCACCAUGGCGACAGAGAAGGUGAAGGACCCCAUGGGUUCGAUGGGUUUCCUGGAGGCAGCAGUGAAGAUAAGCCAUACAUCUCCCGACAUCCCUACCGAUGUGCAGCUCUCCAUGAGGGAGCACUUCCUGCGCCGCACGCAACGCAUGCAGAGACAAACCACUGAGCCAGCUUCCUCUACUCGGCACAAUUCAUUCAAAAGACACCUGCCCAGGCAGAUGCAGGUAGGCAGUCUAGACCUGGGAAAUGACUAUGUGGUGGACAAAGAUGAAAAGCCCACAAGCAUCGGCCGCAUCCAGCCAGAGCUCUACCAACAGAAGGCCCCGGAAUCAGAGGAUUCAUCCAAGAAUGGCAGCAGCAAAAACUGUGGCAGGAUUAACUUCUCUCUCAAGUACGACUAUGAAAAUGAGGCCCUGUUAGUCAACAUCCUCAAGGCGGUAGACCUGCCCGCCAAGGACUUAUGCGGCACAUCCGACCCUUACGUGAAGAUCUACCUGCUGCCCGACCGCAAGAAGUUCCAGACUCGCGUCCACCGGAAAACUCUCAACCCCACAUUCAACGAGAGCUUCCAGUUUCCUGUGCCUUACGAUGAGCUGGCGGCCAGGAAGCUCCACAUGAGCGUCUUUGACUUUGACCGGUUUUCACGGCAUGAUAUGAUCGGGGAGGUGGUGUUGGACAACUUGUUUGAGACAUCAGACCUCUCCAGGGAGACAAACAUAUGGAGGGACAUCCAAUAUGCCACAAGUGAAAGUGUCGACCUUGGAGAGAUCAUGUUCUCACUUUGCUACCUGCCCACCGCAGGCAGACUCACACUUACUGUCAUCAAGUGCAGGAACCUCAAGGCCAUGGACAUCACUGGAUACUCAGAUCCCUACGUCAAAGUGUCGCUCAUAUGCGACGGGAGACGUUUGAAAAAGAAGAAGACGAGCAUAAAAAAGAACACUCUGAAUCCAACCUACAAUGAAGCCAUCAUCUUCGACAUCCCACCAGACAGCAUGGACCACGUCAGCCUGCACAUCUCUGUCAUGGACUACGAUUUGGUAGGUCACAAUGAGAUCAUUGGCGUGAUGCGGGUUGGAUGCAACGCCGAGGGACUUGGCAGGGACCACUGGAACGAAAUGCUGGCUUAUCCACGCAAGCCCAUUGCACACUGGCACCCCCUGCUGGAGUCCAAGAAAUCUGAGAAGGAGUGGAAGGCGAGGACAGCCAGCUUUGACAGCCAAGGCUCCUGCCCCUCACCCAGGCCCCCUGCCAGUCCCUGAGCAGAGCCACCUGUGACCCAGCAGCCCAGAAGGGGGUUUCCUCCCUCCUGCUGAUCCACUUCCUGUCUGUCUGAUUGAGGAGAAACACAACCCCACUGUCUCUCCCUCCCUCCCUCUCUCCUUCUCCCUCUCUGUCCCUCCCUUCCUCAAAGUCUAGUCCCAGAGCACUCCCAAGAACUGAUCUAGGACCACCGUCAGUCAGUUAGUUGUGUGACUCGCGCAGUCUUUUCGGGUUAAAGUUUUAGGGUCUCUGAUUUGAAAUGUGGGUGUCGUGAUGACCCAGAGUUGCCCUCCCUGUCCUCAGAGGAGAUUGGCUGUGGACAUCGCGGUCUGCAGACAUUUAAUAUUGAGCUGUCCGUCCGGGGGCCUGAGGCGAAUGGAUCUCAGUGUCCUCGCAGGAGACUUUUCCCAAACACUGAAGAUUCAGCUCAGCCCUGAUGGAAAAACUCAAGUCGCGUAUCGCUCCCUGAAAGCAGCAGAAGUUUCACAGAGGGAAGCUGAGGACACGUUUCAGAGAGGGUUUGAAAAAGAGACGAUCUUAAACAGGAUCUGAGGCGACUUCAAAAACUCCACACACUCUGAAUUUUUUGCUGCACAAGCAUAAAACAACACUGAACUGUAGCAUUUUGGAACUAGUAGAUGUAAAAAAAAAAAAAAAAACAAACAAAAAAAAAACAAAAAAACGCUCCAUCAGGCAUUGUUUGUAAAAAACAAAAAAAAACUGAAAUGAGUUUCAAAGCUCCAGCUGAGUUCACUGUACUUCCAGUUUCAUCAAUAACAUAAGCAAUUAGCUGAUCUCCAACUUCACAAUAUGAAGCUUUAGCGUGGAUUCACAAGCAGCCGUGACAAACAGAUUUAACAUAAUGAAGAGGAGGAGGAAACAACAGGAUUUCUGGUAUUCACACAAGAGCAAAUUGGCUGCAGAGUUGUCGCUGAUUUCAGUUCAUUUCAGUUCUCAGCACAAGAAGCAGAUGGUUAAACUGCCUGAUGAAGGCACAAAUAGCUCAUACUACGACUAAAAACCAACCUAAAAAAGAAAAAGAGCCAUUUUGACAGAAAAAAGCUUUUUCGUCAACGGAGCUCUGGAGGUUACUGCAAACAGGGAAAUUGUGAGCACACUUUACACAGCCUUACUUCCUCUGUUUAACAUUUGCUUUUGAGCAGUGUCGCCUCUUUUCUUCCAAGUGAAAACUCAACACACAAACGCUCAAGUUUUCCUUCCGACAAACACUCUUCUUUGUCUUUCUCUGAACAGGUUUUGGUGGAUGUGUAUAGUUUCAUGUAUAGCCAUCUGCCGGUUACUGUAUGUACGUUUUGAUUUUCCAAACAGAGAAAUCAUAAAAGAUAUGAUGAUAGGUAUAGAUUAAAAAAUAAAAACACAAAAAAGAAAAAAGAAAAAUAUUGACAUUUUGAAUAUAUGUAGCUUUGUUGGUGGUGGUGACUGAGAAAAACCUGAGAAACUUAGAAACAUGCAGCUUUCUUGAUGUUUAUCCUGUCAUUAAUCAUGCUGUUGUACAGGGAUAAUGUGUCCGUGGAUUAGCCAUCCAGAUGCUUCAUCUGCAACAUAUGGUAAAUGGAUUAUUUUUGAAGAUACAAGAAAAGACUGCAGCUGAGUACUACUACAUCAGAUUUCUUUGUAUCAGUAAACUUCCUUUAAAGGGUCCACUUACUUAUUUACUAUAUUUAUGAUAACUUCAAGAAGUCACUAAUUGUUCUGGUGAAAAACAGUAACUCAUUAGUAUUUUUUAAUUUAAAAUAUUACACAAUGGAAGUUCCACGUAGCUGUGUAUGGAAGUCCAUUACCGAAGAUGUGCAAGUCAUAAAAAUGAGAAACGUUCUCGAAAUAAUGAUUGAGUGUCUCUCAUUAUUCUGAGAUAUUAAAAUAAUUAUUUUGAGAAUGUUUCUCGUUAAUCUGACUUGCUCAAUCUUUUUUUUCCACAUAACAUUGGCAGAAAUGGGCUUCCAUAAGCUUUGAGAGGAGAACAUGACAAUUUGGCUUCUACUUACAUUAUUUUCCUCUAGUUUAACUCCUGUAGUAGUAGUAGUUUUGUUUUGCUGUAACACACAAGUGUCCCAGCGACAUUAUCAUGAGAUGUGAGCGCACACGAGGGGAAGACAACAAAUUACUUGGAGCUAACCAUGAAAAGUUGUUUUUGUAGCAUAAACUAAACAAAUCAGAAAAAUUUUAACAUCCCAUGUAGAAAAAUAAACUAUUAGAAGCUAGUGUUCUUGUCAGAUUUAAUGAGAUGGAGGAUUGUUUUGCACAGAAACAUGGUGACUAAGAAACUUUUUUUGGGUUAGACAGCUCAUACUGUUACUGUUGGUUUAUGGCUGGUUAAUGAAUAUUGCAACCCUUUUUCAAGCUUCGUGAUUAAUGCAUAAGUCAUCAGUUUGUCAUGCGUUUGGAGCUUCAGGUGUUAGCUAAUACAGGGGAAACGCUUGCCAGAUAAUUACCUGCUCUAUUCUCACAUUCGUUCAACUGGACGUUAUGCAGACUGGCAGGAUGAAAUCCACUUCAUUCGCCUGGUCUGACUCACACGGAUAUUUGCGUUCACACAUAAAGCUCCGCCGGGAAAAGUUCAGAUUUGUCGUGCAUGUGUGAAAGCAGCUAAAGUCACCUCUUAAUGAGAAUCUGAGUGGUUUCCAGCAGGUUGCUUUAUGGUGCGUUCCAGCUGUACUCCAAAGUCAGAAUUUCUGAAUUCCUAGUUGGACGUUUCAACUGGAAUACCCGUUGAACCCGGGUAAACUCCAACGUCCAACGUAUUUCUAAAUACUGAAUACUUCCAUAUAUAUAUACGAUCACAAGGUUGUGAUGAAGAGUUUCUACCCCCCUGCUGCUUCCUUUGUUGAUUAUAAUGGGAAACCUGUCAACAGCUUUUAAUUAAAACAUAUUGUAAAGGAGGUUCUGUAUAUUUUUAUGGUUAACAUUACUUUCAGUUUCAGGUUUACCCUCCACUGGAACACAAAGUUUUGUUGUUGUUGUUGUUGUAAUUGGCAAACACAGAUAUAAUCAGUACAUUCAGGCCAGGAAACAUCCACAGAUUAUAUUGGGGAGGGCUUGUACAGAUAAUUUCUUCUUGGGCAUUUAUUGAACAGCGGCCAACGGCAUCCUUAAUCUGAUAUGUGACAAUGUUCUUGGCGCUGGCUUAGACUAGUCUAGACUGCUGGUGCCUCGCUCAGCACCAGAGAGACAAGUAAUACUACAGCUCAGACUGUGUCUCUCAGUCGCAGAACGCAAUGGACACGUUAUAUAUCACAGAGUUUGUGAAAAUGUCAUUGGCCAGACAUCAAGACACGAACAGAUGCGUUCAGCAGACCCUGUAGGAUCUGUUUUGGCCAUUUCCUUCACGGGUUAGCUUACGCAGAGCGAAGCUGCUUCAGUGCCUCGGUGUGGGUGCGAGGCGGAGACGACAGCGCGGGGGCAGCUGAUGGGGUGGACAGGUCAGCAUCUACAGAGCAGUGGCAUUUCUCUAAUUGGCACUUGUUACAGCGCGAAUGAGUCAGCGCGUUAUUGUUCGUGCUUGACGUAAUCCAUCACGGCAUCAACACCCCUCCACAGACGUGACAGUUUGAAUCACACACUGUUGUUUUUGAUGGUGAAAUUUCUCUCUAGACUAAUACUAAUAAUGGCAUUAUUCAUAGAUUUCUUAUACCUUAUUUAAGUGUAAAAUUUGAAACAAGUGGUUGAAUACUAACGUAGUUUCUGUUCCACCUUUCUUUUUUGAACAUGUGCUUUAUGAUGGUCAUAUAUUUCUCUGAAUAUGUGGUGUGUGUUUUCAUAGUAGAAGAAACCUGUUAAAUCAAUUGCCUCAGUUUAUGGACUGUUUCAAGACCUUCUAGCUUUGCCUAAUAUUGUAACGUUUCUUGAUAUGAUCUUGUAUCCCUUCCAACUGUUAUGAUAGCACUGACUUUCCAGUUUUUUAUUGAACAUUUUGUAUUUGUAAUAAUAGAAAUGUUUGAGAAAACGUUCUGGUGAUCGACAUCAACAGUUGUUAGUUCAGACAAAAGUCUAUUAUGAGUUCAUUUUAGAUUCUAGAUCAUUAUCAAGACUCACAAUAUGAGUGACCCAGUGUGUAAUAAAGUAAACUGAAAUAGCAUACAGUAUUUCCGCCACAAUUUGUCCUUUUUUUUUUGUUAGUUUGUUUCAACAAGUCUGAAAAUCAGCAGCAGAGAAGAGUUGGUUGUUUUUUCUCCCAUGGGGUGUGAUGUGUUAUCAGUUCUGUGACUUGAUUUUUUUUCUUUGAUUAAAAGACUUAUGCAAAAACGGUCUUGGCAUUGUUAGUUUUGUGGCAAACACAUCAUAUAAAAGCAGCACAGCCAGAGGCUUAACAAGCAGGAGCGGGCACAAAGGAAAUAAGAUUUCUACUGAAUCAAAUGGUCAAAUUAAAUGAGGAGAGGACACACAUACCACACAGCAGUAAGACUUGACAGCCUCUAAUAAA